AGGCCACCGAAACGGGGGCGAGCAACGUCACCUGCUUGCAAUAUACAAUAUACAAAGCGGACACCGCCGAACAAAAAAAAAGCAUCGCCUGAAAUUAUCCGCCCCAACCUCUUAAGCUCGCUACCGCCCAGCGAUUGGUGACGGAAAAAAGGAACUGAUUGGGCGUUGACGGUAAAAACGCCCCUCUGACGUUUCUGGCCAAUCACCCGCUUAUCAGGGGCAAAGAGCGAACGCAGGUUGAUUUUUUUUCUUUUUCUUUUUUUAUGAACGGAGCGCUUCUAAAAGGAUUUCCUCCAAUCGGCUAACUCUGAAGUAUCAUGUGACUUGGAUUUGGCCCAAUCAGAACGCGGUAGCCUCCGAUUCAAACUUUCCUUCGAGGGUUCUACCUAUGCUGUGUCCUUCGGUCGCCGUGGAGACGGACCGCGGAGUUUUGUAUUUUCGAGGCGACCGAUGGAGCCUCGACUCGUGGGUCCCGGGCCCUACCGAGCAACUCGGCUGUGGAAUGAGACUGUUGAGCUCUUUCGAAAUGGAAUGCCAUUACGGAAACAUCGUUUUCACUUCAAAAGCUACGAAGGUUGCUUCACAGCUUCUGAGGCUGUAGAGUGGUUACACAAACUGCUGAGACGCAACCAAAACUUUAGCCCAGAAGUAACUCGUGCUCAAACAGUUCAGCUUCUCAGAAAGUUCCUGAAGAAUCACGUUAUUGAAGAUAUCAAAGGAAGAUGGGGCAAAGAUGAUUUUGAGGAUAAUGGUAAAUUAUAUAGGUUUCCUCCUUUCUCACCAUUAAAACCAUACCCUAAACGAUCUCCUUACCGAAAAGAAAUUGUGAAAUUUCCAAACUGGGACUUUGAAAAAAUUACUUUCCAAGAGCACAUCCCAGUGAAACCUAUCACAUUGAAUUCUGAAAUGUGGUUCAAACGUCACAGCAUAGCAAUUGGAGAAGUACCAGCAUGCAAACUCAUCCAUCGUCGACAAUUAAAAGAGGCAAAUGUAGAAGACAUAUGGAAGUCCAGGACUUUAUCAUACUUGCAAAAAACUUUAGGUUUGGAUUCUCUGAAUGAUAUUUUGGACACUAAACUUGUAAAUCCAAAGGAUAUCAUUCAGAAUGUGUACAGUGUAAACAAACAAGGGACUGUCAUUUUAGAAGAUAAAUCAAAAGAGGUUCCUCACUGGGUUUUAUCAGCAAUGAAAUGCUUAGCGAACUGGCCCAGAUUUCCAGAUCUGAAACAACCCACCUACUCAGGUUUUGAAAGAGAUGUCUUUAGAACCAUAGCAGAUUAUUAUGCACACAUGAAGGAGCCUCUUCUCACUUUCCAGUUCUUUGAUGUUUUUGUCAGUGUGCUGGGAAUCUUGCAGAAAAAGAAGCUAGCUACUGAAGCCUUGCAGAUUUGUUGUCUUCUUCUGCCACCAGCAAAUCGGCGAAAGCUACAGUUGUUGAUGAUGCUGAUGGCUAAGAUCCAGUCAAAUAAAGAUCUUCCACCUCUUUCAGACACACUUGGAACAAGAGCAAUGAUGGUUCAAACCUUUUCUCACUGCAUUCUUUGCUCCAAGGAGGAAGUAGACUUGGAUGAACUGUUAGCAGCUAAAUUGGUAUCGUUCAUGAUGGACAAUUAUCAUGAGAUCUUAAAUGUUCCUUCAGCCUUAAAAACUGCAGUUGAAGAACAUAUAGCACAUCUCCAAAGAGUCCAGAUAAAAUAUCCAGAAUCGGAUAUAGAUGCUAUUUUGCCGGUGCCAUCAUUUGGUCAUCAAAUCAGCACUGAUGAGUUUGAACACCAAAAAACAAAUUGUCAUCAGGGGCCACUGGCAAAUUUGUUGGAAGAAAUCACAUUGAAUAUGGAAAUGUCCAUCAAAGAAAAAAAGAAAAGGUUGAAACAGUUUCAGAAAUCUUAUCCUGAUGUAUAUAAGGAACGUUUUCCUACUCCUGAAAGUGAAGCAGUUCUUUUUCCAGAAAAAAGUAAACAGAAACCACUGUUGACAUGGGCAUUUAAAAGGCCUUUCCAGCCAUUUCAAAGAACAAGAAGCUUACGCAUGUAAGACUGAAUAAGCUGAAUGUCUAUAAUGAUCAAAAUUAAACCUUUGGAGCAUCUGGAAUUUCAUGUAGGUUCUGAAACACGUUUAACAAAGAAGAAAGUCAAGGCGGAACACUGCUAAGCUGAGCCAUUAUCACUAUUUGGGGGGAAAUCCCUUGGUGGUUUUUCAUUUUGUUUAUUUGUUUAAGUAGAGGUUGGGAAAUAAUGAACAGGUUCAGCUGAUCGCAUCCUAGCAUGUGAGAGACUAAACCGAAAGCAAAAGAGUUCUUUUGCUUACACCUGUAGCCUCAUUGUGCAAGUUGCAGUUAAACCAAGAAGUCUCUGAAAAUCUUUGUUUCCAGUAUCGUCCAAACUGAUAUUAUUAAAAUAAUAUCAAAAACACUGGAGGUUUUCUAGUAUUAUCCUAGUGGUUGGGCAAUUGUGAUGGGUAAAACAUGUUGUUAUGGCUUGCUGAGUAAACUAUAUUUAAAACAAAUAUUAGUUUAGAGGAAUUUGUAAACCCAGUAGCCAUCUCUAGAGAGAAGAUAAAUAGUAAUUUUCUAUUCUUCCUGUUGAGGUCUGAAGUUACCUUGAGAUCCUGAGCAGUUGUAGAGAGGCACAGAACCUGGGCUGAGUUCACUGAAUGGGCUCUGCUCAGCAAACCUCCCUUACAGAUAGUCCUUGAUAUACGACAACAAUUAAACCCAAAAUUUCUGUUGCUAAACAAGAUAGUUAUUAAGUAUGCUUUGCCCCGUUUUACGACCUUUCUUGCCAGCUGUUAAAUGAAUCAUUGCAGUUAUUAAAUUAGUAGCACGGUUGUUAAAUGAAUCUGGCUUCCUCAUUGAGUUUGUUUCUCAGAGGGGCGUAAAAGGUGACGCUGGGACACUGUCAUAAACACAUGCCCAUUGUCAAACCUCUCAAUUUUGAUCACGUGAGCAUACCUGCAAUUAACUAUGUGGAAUACAGUGUGUCGUCCUAAUAAUAGAACUGUUCAAAUUAACUAACCAAUCCUGCUUUAAUGAGGCCUGCACAGCAAUACAGAAGUUUCUGAAAGCUGCUGAAAGCUUUAGUGCUGUGCAAACCACAUUAAAGCAGCAAAAUGCAUCACUUGGCCACAUGGUGCUAUUCUGGAAGUGGCAGCAAUACCAAAAUACAAUUGAGCCGCUGGAAGCAUGGCAGCUGCUUCCAGAAUCAUGCCAUGCAGCCGUGCAAUGAAGCAAUUCAGUCCAGCCCUCUGGAAGGCCUCGGAGUUCUUCAAAAGGUAAGUGAGGAGAAGGGUGUUUGGUCUAGUAGGAUGGGAAUCAGGCUUCAGGCCUGGGGAGACCUGGUGGAAAUGGGAGAAGGCCUGUGGGGACCCAAAGGGCAGGAAACAGAGUAUGAGACAUUUCAGAUGAUGGGAGAGCCAGGACAAGCACGGCUGGGCCUGCUUGUGUUCUGCUAGGCCUCCCAACAGCCUCCCCCAACCCUGAGGCACCCCUUGUUCACUUAUGACAUGUACAUUCAUUUAAUGAUUCAUUGGGAGAGCUGCGAAAAGAGAGUCAUUAGUUGAGUUCUUCAUGUAAUGACCAUUGCAACAUGCGACUGUAUUUUUAUUUUAUUUCAUUCAUAUCUCAAGGACUACCUGUACUUCAAGAGGAAUCAUUGAUUUGCAUAUUUUAUAAAGUCAACAAUUAUGACUUAGUCAGUGAGCCAUUCUUGUACCAGUCAUGGCCAAAUCAGGCUUGCAAUCUCACUCAUUUCCUGCAAGACUCCUGUUAUUUACACACACACACACACACACACACACACACACACACACACCAUUUUAACAUUUUCUAUCCCUGUCUCAAAAGAAGGUAGUGACACGGACUGAGGCUUGAAGAUUUCAUCUCUCUUUUUCAAUCUAUUUCCUAAAUGAUCCAAGUACGAUCAAAGAGAUUUAGAUGUUUAUAGCUUGCCUUUCUCAUGCUUGAAUGAAUCUAAUAGUAUUUGAGUUUACUCAGCACACAAGAUGGUUAUUUUAUUAGUUCCUUAUGAAUCUUAAACCAAUUUUCAUGUUUUUAAAGUUUUCAAUAUUUUCCACUGUAUAAUUUUCCAAUUUGGACAAAAUGAACCUAAAUGGUUAAUUAGAGACUUCAAGAUUUAAUUGCUGCUUGCAUUUUUGUUUAUUAACUUAAGAUGUGAUUGUCUAAUGCAGUCCAUAGGGUAACAAUUACUACUGUGCCUGUUAUGGGAGGAUCUGAAAAGAAUUUUUCAUGAAAUAACAAAUUGCACUUGUAGGCAGCACUGAAUUUUUUAGAAAAGGGAAAAAUGUUUUAUUUGCUUGAAUGAACCUAAAACACUGGAUCUUGUUCUGCUGACUAGGUAAAACUUUAUACUGUUGGUCUUAACAAGCAACAAAAUGGAUAUAUUCUUACAUCCCUGAGGAAGAAUUUCAGAAAAAAAGUUUGGAGAAUGAAGCCUUUUAAGACAUUACCUGUGUGAUAUUUCUGACACAAUACCAGACUGACUCAUGGGAAGCAAUCUGGCUGUAUCUAAAGGGCAGAAACAAGAAGUCUACUAAUCAUGUUGCACAUCCUUGCAAAAUGCGUAUAUGGUUCAUACUAUAUAUGCUUUACUCAAGAGAUAUUAUUUUACACAAUAGUUAUUUAAUGUUGGGGAUAAGUUUUGAAAUGGGAAAUAAUAGUCUACUUGAAAAUAGUCUUUUAUAGAUCUUAAAGGGAUUUCUGCUAGUUAUGUGCCCUUGUUGAGCUGAGCUAGGACAUCUUAAUUGUGCUUCUCUUAAUAUGAUUACCCCCUUAAGUUUAUAAGACUCUCUUUCUGUAAUAUUAAAAUCUCUUCUCCACAGCAAUUUUUGAAUGAACUGUGGGAACAUAGACUCAAGGCUUUGGAGAAUGAUGGAUGCAUAGGUUUUACAUCUUUGCCAUGAUAGCACCUAAAAAGCCAUCAUAUCUCCAAACCAGGGAGUGCGGUGGCUCCAGAGGUUAGGACACUGGACUAAUGAGCAUUCAUUAGUCAGCAACAGUCUCUCAUUCAAGAUCCUGUUGCUGCCGCAGGAUGGGGUGAACUCCCAUCAAACGCUUCAGCUCCUGCUGUCCCAGCAAUUUGAAAGCAGGCAACUGUGAGUAGAUAAAUGGGUACCACUUUGGCGGGCAACUUAAUGAAGACAUGAAAGGAGCCCCCAAUUGGGCAUCCCCCAUGCAGUGGUCAAUCAUUUCAACCCAGAAGCACUUCAGUGCUCCCAACAUGACUAAUAGUAUCUCCAAACCCAUUUGUGUCAAUCUUCUUUUGUCAUCACAGAAUAAUCCAGAAAUGAAGAAGAAAAUCUUUUACCGAGUGAACAAAAUACUGGGGCAUUUGCUUAGGCAGAAGUAUAAAUCUCAUAACCAAAGUGGUUGUCCCACUCAUUGCACCAGAUUCAGAGUUUGCCAAAUUCUGUAAUUUAGAAUUGCAGGACCUGCAUUUAUACUGCUGCUCAGUUCUAGUAAGUCAAAAUUUAAAACAAUGGUUCUUAAUAAUAUGCCCUCCCGAUUUUUUGACUUUGAAUUGUUGAUUUAGUUUGUAAAAAGUGCAGUUGUGUAUGCACAAAAGAAGCAGAUAUGUUCAAAGGCAUCAAAUUCAAUUUAACAUUGGAGUUGAAGUUUUGAUUUGAAAAGAGGAGUUGACUCAAUUGCCUUCAUAAUGAAUCUCUGAAUCACCGAUUCAUUCAGCUUUGCAUGGUUUUAAAAACAAAGAGUUGCCCAUGCAACCACAGGGGAAACUGGAAAUUUGUGCCCUGUUCAUCUGCAUGAUGUAUCCCCACCCCUUCAUUCUAUCAACCAUCUGCUGACUUUGCUGGAAAAUGUUAAGUAUGGUUGCCAUCCAUUCAAAGGUUGCCCUCCAUUUCCCCCCAUAUUCCAAAUGUGGAUAGAUAUGUGUAAAAGUAAGCAUAAUUUAAGAAAAGUUCAUAACAAAAGACAAGGAUUGAAUUGUCAUAUGAACUUCACUGUUGCACAAUGAUAGACAAGCUAAGUACGUAUGUGUCCUCCAAUCUACUGUAUCCCUAAAGAAUUUCCAAAAAUAAAAUAUUGUUUUUAAGAUCUUUGCUUUAAGUUUUUUUAUUGAGUAUUACCAUAAGCUGUAACUUCCUUACUGUGGUAAGGGAAAAUGCCUUGCUAAAGCUCAUUGCUAUGGUUCGCUCAUCUAAACGAAGUGUAAUAUGAUUCAAGAAACAGACAUACAGUAUUCAUAGGGGAACGUUCACAAACCAAUUCAUUUGAAUUCAGGAAAAUUUUCCAAGUAAAUAUUCUUAUGACUUGAGUUACAAAGGAGAUGUAAGAAUCAACUAGUUCUAUUUUUAUAGUAUAAGAAAUAGUUUUACUGCUUUUAGCAUAGCAGUAAUUUAUUGAAAUUUUUAAAAAACUAUUAAAAAAAGUUAUCUUAUAUAGUCAUUUUAA